AUGGCCACCCUGGAGACUUUUGCUCACCUCGUUGCACGGCAAGAGGACAGUAGCGGGCAACCCACUUGUGAUACCGGGAACGAAUAUGACGGUCGCAUUGGCCUGCGGAUAGCCGCACUCUUUAUCAUCUGGGUCACCUCUUCGCUAGGCGCAGUCUUCCCCAUCUUCGCAAACAGGCACAGAGGCCUAAAGGUUCCAGAAUGGGUGUUCUUCAUAUGCAAAUACUUUGGCUCGGGCGUCAUUAUUGCAACAGCGUUCAUACACCUAUUGGCCCCCGCCAUUGACGCCUUAACGGACUCCUGUCUGACAGGACCGAUAACAGAAUACGACUGGGCCGAGGGCAUAGUUCUCAUGACCGUUUUUGUCCUCUUCUUCGUUGAGCUGAUGGUCAUGAGGUAUGGAAGUUUUGGCGGACAUCCACACAGCCACGAGCAUGAGCACGAACACGGACAGGGACAUGUGAAUCAGAUUGAGCUGGAACGAUCUACACCCGACACAGAGGGGACUGCCCCCGUAGCGGGCACACUGUCACCCUACAAAGACACCCCCACCCGACAGCACCGAUCUGCCAGCACGCACGUGCCGGGAGAAGACCACAUGGGCCACGUGAGGGAGCACUCCGAGAUCGAAGACGUGGCCAACCCAUUUAACCUCGAAGAUUACAAGGCGCAAAUGACAGCCAUCUUCAUCCUCGAAUUUGGCAUCAUAUUUCACAGCAUCUUCAUUGGCCUCACGCUAGCAGUCGCGGGAGACGAAUUUAACACCUUGUUCAUCGUCAUCAUCUUCCACCAAACCUUCGAAGGUCUUGGUCUCGGAUCUCGACUUGCCGUGACUCCGUGGCCCAAGGAUCGGCGAUGGACACCGUACCUACUCGGAUUAGGAUAUGGUCUGAGCACGCCACUCUCAAUCGCCAUCGGCUUGGGUGUGCGGAAAACCUACCCUCCGGGCUCCAGGACCACGCUCAUUGUCAAUGGCGUGUUCGAUUCGGUGUCGGCGGGCAUCCUGAUUUACACUGGACUGGUGGAGUUGAUGGCUCACGAGUUCAUGUUCAGCAAUUCUAUGCGCAGGGCGAGCAUACGUACUGUCAUGGCGGCAUUUGUGACGAUGUGUCUUGGUGCAGGACUUAUGGCAUUACUCGGCAAGUGGGCUUGA